AUGUCGGCAUAUACGCCUGGAGAUCUCGCUUCAUCCAACUACCGUCAGCAUGAAGAAGCUCCUCCUGGUCAGCCAAAAUACAUGGCCACGAUCUUUCAGUCAAUGAAGUCCUUUAUUCACUCUCAGGUUGAAGCUCAUCGCAAUGGCAUUGCGCGCAAUCUCCAUGAGGUCGUUCAGAUUGCUCAAGACAUCCUCCGAGAGGUGGAACUUCAAGAACCACGCUUUAUAAAUACCUUAAAGACUACUGUUGACGGUGGUAGAGGCAAUAAUGGCGUAAGCAGUGGUCUUGCCCAGAAAUAUGGCCUUGAAAUGGAUCUCUACGAGGGUCUGCGCGUUAGUUCUUCAACUGAAUUUGAAGUAAUUCUUUUUCUCAAUCAGAUGGGUGUCUUCAACUUCGUUGAUGAUGGCAGUGUCCCAGGAGGAGCUGUUCUUAAACUAUCCGAUGGACGAAAACGGAGCAUGUCACUAUGGGUGGAAUUUAUCACAGCCUCGGGUUAUCUUUCAGCCCGUAAAAUCCGAGCUCGAUUUCACAGCCUUGUGGCUCAAGCGAUUGAGAAGUCUGCCUACCGUGGGAUUCUCCAACUCGUCAGUGGAACAAAUAGUGAAGUGAAGAUUCGCGUUCGCGACCGAUACACGCUUCAAAUUACACCAGCCUUUCGUUGUCAAGGUCUGUGGCCACGUUCGGCCAACCAUUGGCCCUCCACAGCAUCUACUGGAUGGUUAGUAUGGCCCUGUCCGCGUCUUGCCACUGAGGUAAAACACGAAGGCUUUACACUUUUAAGUCAAGAGUCUGCAUUUGCCAGAUCGGAUAAACAGCAACAAGCAUCAGCUGAAGGGGACGCUUGGCAGCUUGAUUUCUACGAGGCGGAAGAGCGCCUCCUAAGUCAAGGUUCCCGCCAAUUAUGCUUAAGCAUUCUCACAACAUUAUUAGAGCGUCAUCUGGUCCUCAACGAAACACGAAUGCUGCACGACUACUUGAUAAAGACCCUUCUGCUACACGAAUGCGAGAAACAUCCACGGGAGGAUGAAUGGAAUGAAUAUGCCCUGCCAGAUCGUAUUAAUGGAAUUUUAUUACAGCUCAUCUCCUGCCUUCAACAUCGGCACUGUCCACACUACUUUUUACCACAAUUAGAUCUCUUCGCACAACACUCUGCUCCAAUGCUAGAGUUGGCAGCUCGACGAUGUUGGACGCUCCUUCGAAGUCUCAUCACCUGUCCAACGGCAUUCCAGAGACUGUAA